CUAAACAUUAAAAAAGUUUCUCGUUAUGACAUUACUUGCUCUGUGGUUAUGACUGACCGUUGACAGACAGAUGUCUGACAUCUGACAGAUAUCAAAACAAAAUAUCAAUUGUCAAAAUGCUAGUAAUAAGUAAAGUAAAAAUCUAUGUUUAUUUAUUUAAAAAAAUUAUGAAAGUUUAAUUGGAUUGUAUGUCAUAUGUGAAAAGAUAUUAAAAAUGAACAAUUCAGACUACAAAGCGUAUCACGAAUCUUUUAUGAGAAACAAUCAUGGUUCUAACGCAGUGCAUACGUUUUUGUGUAUUUUCUUCACAGUGCAGUGUACUUUAAUAUGUGCUAUUCAAGAAAACGAAAGAAUAGACGUAAAACUUACAUGUGAAUACAUAAUAAUAGUGCUUCCUUUGAUAUUAGCCCACACUGUUUAUCCCCAGUAUAUUUACUUGUUAAACGCUCUUGUAGGAGUUCUAUUACUUUGUACUAUUAUAAAUAAGAGAAAACGGAUAAAUUUUGUUAAAUUUUACAAGUUAGAACAUACUAGCCGUAAAAGACUCCAUUCAAUAUCAUGUAUCAGAGGCCUUACGUAUUUAAUUACGAGCUUAUGUAUAUUAGCUGUAGAUUUUAAAGACUUUCCGCGUUCUUUAGCAAAAACAGAGAGAUAUGGAUACAGUCUGAUGGACACUGGUGUUGGUUUAUUUGUAUUAAUAAGUGGUCUUGUACAUAAAGACGUGAAUAGUAAUUUUUCAAAAGUAGUAAAGAGUAACUUCAAAUUUGUAUCAAUCCUUGUAGUUCUUGGAGUAAGUAGAUAUGUAUCUAUUAAACAGCUUGAUUAUCAUGAGCAUGUAACUGAAUAUGGAGUUCAUUGGAAUUUCUUCAUCACUUUGGCUGUUUGCAAAUUGUUAUCUACUAUUUUUCUAUUGAUUUCUGAUCAUGCAUUGAUACUAAGUAUCUGUGUAAUGAUAGUUCAUGAGUUUUUGCUUUAUUAUGGCUUAGAAGCAUGGGUGUUCAGCAAUGCACCUCGUUUAACUCUAAUAGAUGCUAACAGAGAAGGGAUUUCAUCAAAUCUAGGUUAUGUUUUCCUUUAUUUAUUUGCUGUGCAUUUAAAAGCAAUGUUAACAUAUAGAAAUAAGAAACAGGUGUUACUUAAGUUAGUAAGUUACAGUAUAAUAUUUGUUACAUUGUCUUUUGUUGUUAAUUUAUUAAGACCGACUUCAAGAACUUUAGCUAACACUGGUUAUUGUGCCUUUUUAAUAUCAAUUUUAUUAGUAAUAUUAACAAUUAUGUUUGUUAUAGAAUUCUCUUUGUAUAAGGGUAAUAAAAUGAUAUUUCAAACACCUCUCACAUUAUCAGCAAUAAAUGAAAACGGUUUAUUAUAUUUUUUAAUAUGCAAUUUAUCAACUGGUUUUGUAAAUAUAAUUUUUCAAACAAUGCUUCUACCAUCCAGUAUUACUUUUGUUGUUCUUAAUAUUUAUAUGAUUGUAACACUGGUCAUAAUAUUUUAUUUGACUAAGAGAGGGAUAAAAAUAUGAAGACUUGAGAAUUAAAUAUUUUAUUUGUA